AUGUUUCUCAUUCUUCUUCUUCUAAAAAUAAUCAAUUCUCCAAUUCUCCAGAUCGACGCUAAAUCCCCAACCCGUAGCAAACGACAAUGCGGAUGUUCCUCCUCGAAACCCCAAAUGUCAUGUAAAUGCUCUCCAUCCACAUCGACAUCCCAACGAGUAUGUUCUUGUUCUCCUCUAGCCACCCAAUCCUCUUCAUCCUGUGGAUGUCAAUCCUCUUCGUGUGCCAACUCUUGUCGUUCGACGUGCCGUCCGACGUGUUCGUCUUCCGGUGGCGGCUUCGGGUGUCGCAUGAAUUGUCAGAAUUCGUGUGUCAACGCAUGCAACAAACAAUUCGCACCAUCUGCCACAUCGGCACCAAUUCAAAUUCAAGUCAAGGCUCAGCAACCCUCGGUUGUUAGAGCAGUAGCUGGGCAAUCCUGUUUAUCAGAUUGUAACUCUCAGUGCUCAAACGUUUGUCAACAAAAACAAUAUGGGUCGUCGCAAUGUGCGAGCUCUUGUAAUCGAUCGUGCUCUCGAGUUUGUCAAUCAAACCCUUCAGCAACGGGUGGAGCCGCCGCUCAGACCACAACACAAGCGCCGCUGAAGGUCAGCAUCAAAGUCCUCGACGACGGUGCCAACUGUAUGUCGACCUGCUCCGACACUUGUCGCUCUUCCUGCUCUAACCGUGUCUCCCAAUCAACUUGUGAUGCAACUUGUCAAAACACUUGCAACUCAAUGUGCCCGGCCCAAGCACCAGCCCAAGCACCAGUGCAACAGACUACUACAACUAAUUCGCCAAUCAAAAUUAAGAUUCAGGUGCAACAGCAGCCAACACAACAACAACAACAACAGCCUUCGGUUCAAAACAGUCCUCCACAACAGGUGCAGCAGCAACAGCAACCUCAAGCAUCUCAGGCAGCUCCUCAAGCAGCGGCGCCUGUUCAACAGCAACCUGGGAACUGCAUGUCUCAAUGCCAAACCGGUUGUGCCACGUCGUGUGCUCAAUUGUCUCCACAGCCAACUGAAGGAUGUCCCACAAGCUGUCAGAAUACGUGUCGAGAUGUGUGUGCUCCGAUAGUCGCUUCUCAGCCAAGCACACCGUCUCCACAAUCGUAUCCAGUGUUGUUGGAUCCACAGCAAAGAUGCUCCUCCGAAUGCCAAUCAGUGUGCCAGCUAGCCUGUGUCACCCAAAAAUCCGCUCCACCAUCUUCCUGUCUCGACAAAUGCUCUCCACAGUGUGAUUCUGCUUGCACCAGUCCACAGGUUCAAAAGAAUUCUGCCCAACUCUUCACACCAUCUUCCGAUCAAUCAUCCUCUGCUCAACCGAUCCGAAUCAACAUUUCCUUGGCUCCACUGACACCGUCUGCUUCCACAUCCACAUCUUCAACACCUGCUCCUACCUCGUUAUGA